GAGAUCUAGGUGUUACUCACUUGUUGGUGGUCUCUCUCCCUCUCUCAAACACAUGGAGUAAUGUCUCUUUCUCUCUCCACUGUCGUGGGAUCAAGCCUUUUUAACCACCCGUAGGGACCCCUCACGGCUUCCACACGCGCAUAUAGGUGCUCGUCGUCGAUCCGAUCCCUUUCCUGUACGUGCUCCGACGAUCCAGCCCUGCCUGCCCUGCACCCAAGCCAUGAUGAGCAGCAGCAGCAGCAGGAUGAUGAUGAUGAGCACCAACACGAUGACCGGGCCAACCAACGACGUCGACUUCUCCUUCGGGGCCAUGCAGGCGGCGGCGGCGCAGCCCUACGCCGGCUUCGACGCCGCCGGCGCCAUGGCUGCCAUGCCCAGCGUAGAGCGGCCGCCGCCGCUGCUCCAGCACCACCACCACAACAGCCACCUCUACGACAGUUUUGACCUCGCCGCCGCAGGCUUCCCGUUCCAGGAGCCGGGCCUCCUCCCGCCCGCGAGCCUGCCGCUGCCGCCGAGCAUGGAGCUGGCGGCAAUGCCGCCGUCACCGCUGCAGAUGCCGCUCCCGGGCCUGCUCGCGGCGGCGGAGGUGUACCCCUUCGGCGGGGCGGCGGCGUUCCUGAAGCGGGAGGACGGCGGGCACCACCACCAGCUCGUGGACGCCGGCGGCGGCGGGACGAUCGGGCUGAACCUCGGGCGGCGCACCUACUUCUCCCCCGCCGACGUGCUCGCCGUGGACCGGCUGCUGACGAGGUCCCGGCUCGGCGGCGGCGGCGUGGGCCUCGGCGUCGGCGUGCUGGGCCUCGGGCUCGGCGACGCGCACCACCACCACCACCAGCAGCAACCGCCGCGGUGCCAGGCCGAGGGCUGCAAGGCCGACCUCUCCGCCGCCAAGCACUACCACCGCCGCCACAAGGUCUGCGAGUACCACGCCAAGGCCGCCGCCGUCGCCGCCGCCGGCAAGCAGCAGCGCUUCUGCCAGCAGUGCAGCAGGUUUCAUGUGCUCGCCGAGUUUGACGAUGCCAAGAGGAGCUGCCGGAAGCGGCUCACCGAGCACAACCGCCGCCGCCGGAAGCCGGCCGGGGCACAGGGCAAGGACUACUCGCCGCCGCCAAAGAGAGCCGCGGACACUUGCAUCAUCUCCACCUCCUACAGCAGCGAUCAUCACAAGAGUGCGAGCGCCACGGCGGCGGCCAAGUCGACGGCCAUCUCGCCGAACGGCAGCGGCGUCAGCUGCCUCGACGCCAUGGACAACGGCCACAUCACGAGCAGCGCCGCGGCGGCGCCGACGGCCCUGUCUCUGGCGGCGCUGCCGCCGCUGCACGACGAGAAGGACGACGGCGACGACGGGGGCCUGGGCUCCAUGCUGAUGCGGCAGGUGCAAGGCCGCGGCGGCGGCGACGACGACGACCGUCGCCGCUUCAUGACCUCGCUCGUGAUGCAGCAGCAGGACCACCAGCACGACGGUGGCGGCGGCGGCGACCACGACGGCGCUGGCGGCGGCAACAUCUUGCCGUGCCCGUCGGUGUCAGGUCACCAGAACGGCGGCUGCAACGGUUUCUUUGAGGUGGACUUCAUCUAGUGCGAUGCAUGCAUGUAGGCGUUCACGUACUACGUGAAAAGGAGGAGGAAAAGCCUAUAGCAUCACGCCAUCACUGCAUUAUUAUGAAAGAUGCGUGAGCGUGACGUGAGAGAAAGGAACAACAUAGGUUGGUGGCACCACAGCAGCGAGCCUUUUCUUUUUACUGCAGUGCUGGACUUUUAAUUUACUAGAUGGGAAAUUUAGGUGCAGUGGUGUAUUAUUUUUUAUUUUUUUCCUUUUGGUAAAUGUACAUUAUGUGUAUGUGUGUUAAUCUACUAAUUUGGGGUGUAUGGUGCAUGACUA